AUGGACUCAGCAGCCGACUCCCUCAUUGCUCUCUCCAACGUUGCUACAGCCACCACCGCAAAGAACGAACCACUCUCCGACGAUGACCGCUCCAGCAGUCUUAGCGAGCUAGACGAUGACCUCGACGAUGUUGAAGAUGAAGUGGUUCAGCCAGUUGGUGCAGCUGAAGGAGACUCGGAGGCUGAAACCGAACGUCUUCAAGUCACACCGGACAAACUUGCUCGGAAGCAGCCUUUGCAGAUCAGCCCCAGCAAGCUAGCUCAUAGGCUGGACAUCGACAUGAGGCCCGAAAUAGAGAGCAUUACAGAAAGUCCUGUAUCUUCACCAAUCUCCUCGCACCAUGAUUCAGAGAUAGAAGACGGUGCAGAUGUGGAGGCAGAGGUACAAACGGAACAGGAAGUGGUGAGAGCGGCUUCGCCAAGUAAACGGAAGAGAGAAGCCAGUGAAUCAGACGCCGAAGAGGCUCCGACAUCGCAAAGACGCCGGACUGGGUCAGUUGAAAGCGAGGAUCAGAAAUCCCAACCAGAAAGCGAAAAUGGAGACAGUCGCAGCCAACCUACAAGAGACCCAACAGUGGAAGCUGAAGUUGUAGUGCCGCCGCGUGAAGAAGAAGAGGCAGAAGAACAGGAAGAGGGAAAUCGAGAAGCCGAAAUGCUCGACACCAGUGAGGAUUCUAAAGAAAAGGCCAGAAGUAGGCCUCGCCGCAAAGCCAAGGGUGAUGCUGCACGAGAACCUCGCGCAGAAGAUGAAGAAGAAGCCGAGGCUGCGGAGGAUACCGACGCCGUUGACGAGAACGACGCUGACGCAGCGGUCAAGAGUGAGGAGGAACACGCAAAACGAAUGGCAGCAAUGGAUGCCUUGACAACGCUGGAGAAGCACUUCGCUGCGCUGAGAGACCGACUUUAUGAUGAGCGCAUUGCGGGCAUCAACCAUGAGCUUGCACUUCUGUCAGAACCAAAACCGUCUCAUCCCGAGCUCCUGCGACAACUCGAAGCCGUGAGGAAGUAUCGCGAUGAAAAGUUUGAGGUGGAACAAAAGCUCCUCGUAUACAAGAUCGGCGCCCUCAAGACCAGAGCCGUGGCAGAACGCAGCCAAAUACACAGUCAAUAUUUCCAGACUGUGCGAGACAUUCGAGAGAAGUACCUGGAGCGGAUCAGUGAACACUUUUACCGGAUCCAGCGAGACAGGUUUAAGACCGAUUCUACGAUCCCAAGCUUCACCAUUCCGUACCCAGAACGACGCUCACAACAAAUCCUUCAACAGACAGCUUACAAUAAGGAAGUGUCGAUUCUGUCAGGUAUCGCCAAAUAUGUCGGCUUCCCCGCUGCCCCGGAGUUGGCUGCGUCGAAGCAGAAAGAUGUUGAAGACGACAUACAGAAGAUGGGGAUCUCAGUUGCUCAAAAUCGACCUCUCAGACCUGCUCAAAGGCAAGCACAUGAGAUGGCAGGGGCGCAGAUAUCAGGUCCUCAAGCGGAAGAACAGUUCCUCGAACAGACCCCGUGGGCCAACCCACAGCAUCCCAUUCAUCGGCUGAGUCGACAGAAUUCCAAUCGUUCGCCCAUGACGGAGUUUGUGACACCUGCAAAUCAACAACGCACAACAGACGGAUUACAGCCAGCCGGGUCGGCUUCUACGAUCGUGGACCCGGCGGCACAGAUCUCUUCGGCCAUCAACACACCUUACGACGAACAACAACAGAGCAGCACCACGAAAGUGGAACCCCAGCCUGGUUCCAGUGUGCACAACUACCGACUUCAUUCUACGUCUCCGCUAGAUACACGACGGGUGAUAUCUGGACCCGGAGUCGGCGCCGACUUCCAGAUCGCCACCGAUCAUUCCGAGGCACCUACAAAAGACAUGCUGCGCGAUUUGAAUUCCUCGCCGCUUACAUCACGCGCGCAGCUGGCGGUGGGUUCACCGCCUCGGGCGGCCUCAGCGCGGCCGGACAAGGCUGCUUCGAGAUUUGGGAGCAAUGAAUCUCCAUUCAGACAUGCGAGAGAUUCGGGCAUCACUGCAGGAUCCGGGUUUUCUGGGACAGGGAGAUUCAGCAUUCGAUAG